ACACACACACAGAGAAGAGAACAGAGGAAACCUGAAGAAAAGAAGUGAGGCAUAAAAUCAAAACGACGCCGUAGGAGUUUGCAUGCUAUCCACUUUGCAACCCUCGUCCAUUCCCAAAACCCUAAAACCCUCCAUUCACCUUCCAUUUCUGGCCAUGAAGGACCGCCCCACGCUGUCCUCCUAUGGCUCCAUCUACGUUCCGCCGCACCACCGUCUACGCUCUGUCGCUGACUACAACAACUCCACCGCUCCGGUUCGCGCCAAGCUCCGCGAAAACCCUACACCCGCAUCUACUACUAUGCAAUCGGAACAAGUUCCCGACAAGGGGCAUUCGCGCUUCGUUUCUGCAUAUGACGACGCCGUUUCCGAGGAAGGCUCCGAUCGUGAAUUUGAACCUCCCUCACUACCGAGUGCUUCGCCCUAUGAUAACACUGAUGAGUGGAAGCGGAAAUUUACCAUGCUCUUGAACGACAAGAGUAAGCAAGAGUUGAUUUCGAGGGAGAAAAAAGAUAGGCGUGAUUUUGAUCGAAUAGCUGUUUUGGCUUGCAGAAUGGGUUUGCAUAGCCAUAUGUAUGCGAAGGUUGUUGUCUUCAGUAAGGUCCCACUUCCAAACUACAGAUACGAUUUGGACGAUAGGCGGCCCCAGAGGGAGGUGAUCUUGCCUUUCACCACAUUAAACCGAGUUAAUGCAUAUUUCGAGGAAUACCUUAACCAAAAAUCCAGGAUGAACAGAAGCUUUUCAGAUUUGUCAUUUGCAAGAUCAAACAGUAGCAGUAGUAUUGGUACAGAUGAAGGGCUUUUUGAGCAACCUGAGCCGUUAGCAUCCAGUAGGGCUGUUUCAGAAAAAAUUCUCUGGCAGAGAAGCUUAGAAAUGCGCGUUCAGCAGCAAGCUUGGCAGGAAUCUGCUGAAGGAAGAAGAAUGCUAGAAUUUCGUAAAAGUCUUGCUGCUUAUAAAAGAAAAGAAGAGUUAUUAUCAGUCAUAUCAAGGAAUCAGGUAGUUAUCAUUUCAGGCGAAACUGGUUGUGGCAAGACAACACAAAUUCCACAAUUUAUUUUAGAAUCUGAGAUAGAAUCAGUUCAGGGAGCUGCCUGUAAUAUUAUAUGCACACAGCCAAGACGCAUUUCAGCCAUGUCUGUUUCUGAAAGGGUUGCCUCUGAGAGAGGGGAAAAAUUGGGUGAAUCUGUUGGAUAUAAAGUUCGACUUGAGGGUAUGAAAGGGAGAGAUACCCAUCUUCUCUUUUGCACCACAGGCAUCUUAUUAAGAAGAUUACUAGCUGAUAGACAGUUAAAAGGUGUAACUCAUGUUAUUGUUGAUGAAAUUCAUGAGCGUGGGAUGAAUGAAGAUUUUCUGCUUAUUGUCCUCAAGGAUCUCCUUCCCCAUCGACCAGAUCUGAAACUGAUUUUGAUGAGUGCUACCCUCGAAGCAGAGCUCUUUUCUUCAUACUUCAAUGGGGCUCCAAUUAUGACUAUUCCGGGCUUCACAUACACCGUUAAUACUCAUUUUUUGGAGAACAUUCUUGAAAUGACGGGCUACAAAUUGACUCCUUAUAAUCAAAUUGAUGAUUAUGGCCUAGAAAGGAUGUGGAAAAUGAACAAACAGGCCCCAAGAAAGAGGAAAAGCCAAAUUGCUUCCGCCGUAGAGGAUGCAAUUAGAGCUGCUGAUUUCAAAGAUUACAGCCCACAGACACAGGAGUCUUUGUCAUGUUGGAAUCCUGACUGUAUUGGUUUUAGUCUCAUAGAAUAUAUUUUAUGCAAUAUAUGUGAGAAUGAAAAGCCUGGUGCUGUUUUGGUUUUCAUGACUGGAUGGGAUGAUAUAAGCUCUCUGAGAGAGAAGCUCCUGACACAUGCUGUCUUGGGCGAUCCAAAUCGUGUUUUGUUGCUUACAUGUCAUGGCUCAAUGGCUAGUUCAGAGCAGAGAUUAAUAUUUGAAGAGCCUGAAGAUGGAGUAAGAAAAAUAGUGCUAGCAACAAAUAUUGCUGAAACGAGUAUCACAAUAAAUGAUGUUGUUUUUGUUCUUGACUGCGGAAAGGCAAAAGAAUCAUCAUACGAUGCACUGAAUAACACACCUUGUUUGCUUCCUACAUGGAUCUCUAAGGCUUCUGCUCAACAAAGAAGAGGAAGAGCUGGUCGGGUUCAACCAGGAGAGUGUUACCAUCUCUAUCCUAGAUGUGUUUAUGAUGCUUUUGCGGAGUAUCAGUUACCAGAAAUUCUUAGAACACCUUUGCAAUCUCUCUGUUUGCAAAUCAAUAGUCUAAGACUUGGAAGUAUAUCUGAGUUCUUAUCUAGGGCUUUGCAGUCUCCUGAGAUUCUCGCGGUACAAAAUGCAAUCGAAUAUUUAAAAAUAAUUGGGGCUUUGGAUGAGAAUGAGAAUCUCACUAUUCUAGGGCGCUAUCUGACAAUGCUUCCUAUGGAACCCAAACUUGGCAAGAUGCUAAUUUUAGGUGCUAUUUUCAAUUGUCUUGAUCCCAUUUUAACUGUUGUUGCUGGCCUUAGUGUGAGAGAUCCUUUUCUAACACCUUUGGAUAAAAAAGAUCUUGCAGAGGCAGCAAAAUCCCAAUUUUGUGGUGCUUACAGUGAUCACCUUGCACUUGUAAGUGCAUAUGAAGGUUGGAAAGAUGCGGAAAUAGACCUUGGUGGAUAUGAAUACUGCUGGAAGAAUUUUCUUUCAUCCCAAUCCAUGAAAGCAAUUGAUGCUCUUCGGAGGGAGUUCAUAUGCCUGCUUAAGGAUAUCGGAUUAGUUGAUAGUAACCCAGCCAGCUGCAAUGCGUGGAGCUCUGAUGUAAAUCUUAUCCGGGCAGUUAUUUGCUAUGGUCUAUAUCCUGGAAUUUGUUCUGUUGUGCAUAAUGAGAAGUCAUUCUCUUUGAAAACAAUGGAGGAUGGGCAAGUGCUCCUGUAUUCGAACUCGGUGAAUGCUCGGGAAACUAAAAUUCCAUAUCCAUGGCUACUUUUUAAUGAGAAGAUAAAAGUGAACUCAGUUUUCCUCCGCGACUCAACAGCUGUGUCUGAUUCAGUGUUGCUUCUUUUUGGUGGAAGCUUAAUGAAAGGAGAUGCUGAUAAUCACUUAAAAAUGUUAGGAGGAUAUCUGGAGUUCUUCAUCGAGCCUACUAUUGCUGAAAUGUACCAGAGUAUAAAGAGAGAACUUGAUGACUUCAUUCAGAACAAACUACUUUUUCCAAGAAUGGGCAUACACUUCUAUCAUGAUCUCCUAUCUGCAGUACGGCUGCUGAUUUCCAACGACAAAUGUGAAGGAAGAUUUGUAUUUGGUCGUCAGGUGCUUAAACCAUCAAAGCAAUCUAUGAUAGCCACACAUCCAACCUUGGUUUCAAGGACUGAGAGUGGACCUGGGGGCGAUAAUUCUAAAAGUCAGCUCCAAACCUUACUUACAAGAGCAGGAUAUACUGCACCUGUUUACAAGACUAAACAAUUGAAGAACAAUCAGUUUCGGGCUACAGUUGAAUUCAAUGGAGUGCAGAUAAUGGGCCAACCUUUUAACAAUAAGAAGAGUGCAGAAAAAGAUGCUGCAGCCGAGGCACUGCAAUGGCUGAUGGGUGGAAAGCAAACAGGCAGGGAGUAUAUCAAUCACAUGUCGAUGUUACUAAAGAAAAGUAAGAAAGAUCACAAUUAAGCAGUCAACUAAGGAGCUCAAUGUGAAGGUAAAGGAGCCCAUGGAUCCGGCAAGAAUAUAUAGGGGUCCUACUCCUCUUCUAGAGGGACUCGGUGAUUUGACCAAAAACAUAAGAGGGACACUGGUUUAAUCCUGAAUCAUUGUGUCAAUUUGUUCAUGAAAACAGCCCAGCCCAUAUCCAACAUCAAACAGACUCAAUUUGAAGUUGCAAGAUGCUAAUUCCUGGUUUAAGCAAAAUGAUGGAUCAUCUGUGAACAUGAAGUGAGAAGUUGUCAAUCAAAGUUUGAGGAUACUAACUGUCCAAUUUGAUGCUUUGUUUAACAUCAAUUAGAAGAUAGAUGGUUAGUGGUAAGGGUCAUUUUACGAUGAGGAUUACUACAUAGCAUUCAUUCUUUGGGGGCGAUGUGCGCAUUCAGCCGGAAAUGAUGCCAUUUGAGUCAAGUAUCUAAUCCCAUAAAUUUUUUGUAUAUUGAUUAUCAAUUUUGAUAUCAUAAAAUCCUAAAAUUUGUUGAACGCCCUGGGCGUUUGUUCCGUGUCUGGGAGCUAAAAAUGAUGGAAAAGGGAAUUAACAGGUUUUGGAUUGCAGGUGAUUGUUUAACAU